UCUCCCGUGCCAGGAGGAAGAUAGGCAUAGAAGGGAAGUUUGUGACAGGCAUUAUCAGUGGACUUUUCCCCAAAGAACGUUGCACUGGCCUGUAGUAUUGUUUACGACUCGCUUUGCAGUACUAGUGGGGUUAUAACAGGUGUCAACUCCACUCACAUGUAAACACUGGCAAGGCACUGCUGUGACUUAAACAUGAUGCGAGUGUUGCUGCCCAGAGUUUCUUACUGUAACUCUAUUUCUGUGCGGACACUCUCAUCUAUAGCACCUGCAGCAGGCAAGCAUGAAGAGUCAUCACCACUGCAAGUGUCAAAGGUACUGCCAUUUGAAGACAUACCAGGACCUUCCAGGAUUCCCCUGUGGGGAAACCUGUUGCAGUAUAAACUAGGCAUAUAUAAAUGGAAUCAGUAUCAUAAAGUACUUCAUAAGCUUAAUGAAAAAUAUGGACCUAUAGUACGUGAAGAUCUUGGACCAUAUUACACCGUAAUUCAUGUGUUUGAUCCUGAUGAUGCUCGUACCGUUUAUGCUGCUGAAGGACGCUCUCCAGUUAUAAGACCAUUGCAAGAAACAGUUAAACUGUACCGCCAGAAAAAAAAUAAGUCUCCUGGUCUUGGGAAUACGAAUGGCGAAGAAUGGUAUAGACUGAGAAGUGCAGUACGUCAUUUGAUGCUUCAGCCUCGAGAAGUUAGUCAAUACUUACCCGAGGUUGAUGAUGCUACAAACCAAUUCAUUGCUCGUCUUAAGUCUCGUUUGGAUAGUCUUGGAGAAGUUCCUUCUUUGAAUGAAGAGGUUGCAAAAUGGUCUCAAGAGUCUGCUGGAAGAAUUUGCUUUGGAAAGAGUCUUGGAUGCUUUUCACAAGGAACUGAUGAGAAGGAACUGGAUAACAUAAUUUUUUCCAACCGUGAGAUGUUUCGUCUUUCUGCUGCUCUCAAAUUUUCCCUACCAAUCUACAAAAUAUUUCCUACACCUUUGUGGCAAGAAGUUUCAAAAUUGGAGGAUGUUCUUGUUGAUUAUGCAGAAAAGCAUGUUAAUGAGACUGUGAACAAAAUUAACUCAUUUGUUCAAGAAAGCAGAAACAUUCCAAAUUGUUAUAGCUUUAUGAGUCAUCUUAUUGCUUCUAAGGAUCUAAGCAAGAAAGAUAUAACUGUUCUGACUCUUUCUAUGUUUUUAGAUGGUCUCAGCACAACAGUGCCCAUGCUGCUCUUCAAUUUGUACAAUCUUGCGAUUCAUCCGCAUGUUCAAGAAAAAGCUUUUGCAGAAAUUAAAAAUGCACUACCAGAUCCAAAAAUGCCAGUAACUUCAAAAACACUCGGAAACCUUCCUUAUCUUAAAGCAGUUGUUAAAGAAAGUUUUAGAACCCUUCCAAAUGGGACAGAUAUUUCAAGAAUAUUGGAAAAAGAUCUGGUUCUAUCAGGUUAUCACAUCCCAGCUGGUACACACAUAAAUUUAAACAUGUUAGUAAACUUCAAGUCAGCAAAGUAUUUCCAUGAACCAGAAAAAUUUCUGCCGGAGCGUUGGCUACGUGGUGAUGAAGCUCAAUCAAUUCAUCCAUUUGUAUUGACUCCAUUUGGUCAUGGUACCCGCACAUGUGCAGGGAGAAGAUUUGCUGAGCAAGAUCUUUAUGUUUUCUUGGUUAAAAUACUAAGAAAUUUCACUUUGAGUUAUCCGGAUGGAGUAAAACUGGAUGGUGUUUACCAUACUCUUAUAUUUCCUAAUGGACCUGUAAGAGUACGUUUUCAACAUCGUGAAGUUUAAGAAAGCUAUUUCAUUUUGUUCUAAAUCUUUGUACUUGUUACCUUUUUACCUGUUCUGAAAAUUUUACUGUCUCUUAGGAUAAUAUUAAAAUGUGUCACUUAAGGGGGAUUUAGAGUUCCCAGAACGCGAGCGCGAUUCUCACGGCAGACGUGAUUUUCACGCUCAGCGCGAUGCACUUCGGUGCCUCAUUGGCUGCCUGAAGCUUCCGGAGCGUGAACAUCACGCCUGGCGUUAAAAUCACGCUUGCGUUUUGUUAACUCUGAAUCCAUACUAAUGAGCGCUGUAUGAAGGGAAAAAGUUUGAUCAACUACCUAACAUAUUAAGUUCAUUUCACAAUAAAUUUGAUUAAUUACGUUUCUGUUUA